UCACAUAAUGAGAUGAUAGCGUCUUAUUUUGGCAAAGGCGCUAGAUUCCAUUUGUGUACUUUAUUUUUCCUCCCUGCGCCUAACGCCCAGCUGGGUCGCAUCGGUGCGGGUGAGGAAACAGCUAAUGGAACAGCCGCUCAGCCCGCUUCCUCUACGGGGAAACGUUCAGGGCUCCGAAACACUCCCUCUGUAAGACGUUGCAAAACUAAAAGCCCUUACAGGGAGUUCCACGUCCAAGCUCACGGUGUUACCGAACCCGGGGCGAUCCCCGCCUUUGCGGUUCGCGGGGCCCCGGGCCGGGCACACGGCGGUCACCGCCCGCUGGAGGCGGCCACGGUUCUCCGCCCGCCCGGGGCGGUCCCUGGCUCAGCCCCCGGGUGGAGCAGGCAACGGCGGGGCCAGAGCUCGCUUCUUCUUCUGCGUCUCACUCGGCGCUCUGUGCGGCGACUCGACGGACGCUCGCGACUCGGACUCGGCUCCAGCCACGACCGACGAACUGCGGAGAUGGCGAAGUAUACAAGAGGCACUGUGACAGCAUUCUCUCCUUUUGAUGCCAGAUCUGAUGCAGAAGCCCUUCGCAAGGCCAUGAAGGGAAUGGGGACUGAUGAAGAGACUAUUCUGAAGAUCCUUACCAGCAGAAAUAAUGCUCAACGUCAAGAAAUUGCAUCUGCUUUUAAAACACUAUUUGGCAGGGAUCUUGUGGAUGACCUGAAAUCAGAACUUACUGGCAAGUUUGAAACAUUGAUGGUGUCUUUGAUGAGACCAGCACGUAUUUUUGAUGCUCAUGCACUGAAGCAUGCAAUCAAGGGAGCAGGAACCAAUGAGAAAGUGUUGACUGAAAUUCUUGCCUCCAGAACACCUGCUGAAGUGCAGAAUAUUAAACAGGUUUAUAUGCAAGAGUAUGAGGCCAACUUGGAGGAUAAGAUUACAGGAGAGACGUCAGGCCAUUUCCAGAGACUAUUGGUGGUCCUGCUGCAGGGAAAUAGAGAUCCUGAUGGCAGAGUUGAUGAGUCUCUAGUUGAGAAGGAUGCUCAGGUCUUGUUUAGAGCUGGGGAGCUAAAAUGGGGUACAGAUGAAGAAACAUUCAUCACCAUCUUGGGAACUCGAAGUGUUUCUCAUUUAAGGAGGGUGUUUGACAAAUACAUGACUAUUUCUGGCUUUCAAAUUGAAGAAACCAUUGACCGUGAAACCUCUGGUGAUUUGGAGAAGUUGCUUUUGGCAGUUGUGAAAUGCAUCCGAAGUGUGCCUGCCUAUUUUGCUGAAACCUUAUAUUAUUCCAUGAAAGGGGCUGGCACUGAUGAUGAUACCCUGAUCAGAGUCAUGGUUUCAAGAAGUGAAAUCGAUCUGUUGGAUAUUAGACAAGAAUUCAGAAAGAAUUUUGCAAAAUCGUUGCAUCAGAUGAUUCAGAAAGAUACAUCUGGGGACUACAGGAAGGCGCUCCUGCUCCUCUGUGGUGGAGAUGAUGAGUAAUGGUGGCAGAAACAUGAAGGAUUUCUUGUGCUCCAGCUUUGCAGCCCUUUAGUUAGCAUGCCUAGCUAAGAUUUUGCAUCUUAAUGCUUUAUGGCUGUUUGAGUUUAUAUUCAUAUCGCACUUAUUAAAAACAAACAUGUUACUACCCAGCUGAUAAAUAGUCCCUCCUCCUCCGACAUCCCAACCUCUGGGAAUUUCAAGUGCCUUCUGAGUGUAUGCGAAAGUCUUCAUGGAAGAUGAGUACUGAGCACAGAGCCCAGUUAUUUGCAAGUGUUUUGCUGAAACGUGGAAAAAAAAUAAUCAUGUAUUUCCACUAAUACUGUAUUUUCAUUAAUAAUUUAAAGACUCUUUUUUUGCUUUUAUUCCUUACAUUUUCUCUGAAUCUUAAACUAGUUCUAACACUGCAAAGAAGAGAAGGUAUCCUUUGUAUGUAAUAUUUGAAUGAAUUUGUAGAACGUAAUGCAAGCAGUCAUUGGAAAUCUAAAGAACCAAUAAAUUUUUUCCCUCUUG